AUGGAAAUAACGCUAAAGGCUUUUCCUAUGAAGGUAGUGAAUAUACCAUGGAGGAACAAUAACCUCAGCACUCUCCAUUCAGACCCUCCUCUGUCUGAACAAGGAGAGACUAUCAUCGGAGUCUACCUGUUGGUGCUAGGAUGGCUCUCCUGGUUUGGAAACAGUUUAGUAAUGUUUGUCCUGCACAGACAGAGAGCCACGCUUCAGCCAACUGAUUACCUCACGUUAAAUCUCGCCAUCUCUGACGCCAGCAUCUCCGUGUUUGGCUACUCCCGAGGGAUCCUGGAAAUAUUCAAUAUCUUCAAGGACGACGGCUAUUUAAUCACCUGGAUAUGGACCUGCCAGGUAGACGGGUUCUUCACCUUGCUGUUCGGCCUCGCGAGCAUCAACACCCUGACUGUCAUCAGCAUCACCAGAUACAUUAAAGGGUGUCACCCCAACAAAGCUUACUGCAUCAGCAUCAACACCAUCGCUGUGGCUCUGAUCUGCAUCUGGACCGGAGCCGCGUUCUGGGCCGGAGCUCCUCUGCUGGGCUGGGGGAGCUUCACAGAUCGAGGGUACGGUACCUGUGAGGUGGACUGGGCCAAAGCUAAUUACUCCACCAUCUACAAGUCGUACAUCAUCUCCAUCCUCAUCUUCUGCUUCUUCAUCCCCGUCAUGAUCAUGCUCUUCUCCUACGUCUCCAUCAUCAACACGGUGAAAAACACCAACGCCAUGUCGGCUGACGGCUCACUAACCGCCCGUCAGAGGAAGGUGGAGCGAGACGUCACAAGGAUCUCCAUUGUGAUCUGCACGGCGUUCAUCAUGGCCUGGUCUCCGUAUGCAGUGGUGUCUAUGUGGUCGGCCUGGGGCUUCCACGUGCCAAGCACCACCAGCAUCAUCACGCGUCUCUUUGCCAAGUCCGCCAGCUUCUACAACCCGCUCAUCUACUUCGGCAUGAGCUCCAAGUUUCGCAAGGACGUGUCGGUGCUGCUGCCGUGCGCCAAGGAGCGCCGGGAGGUGGUGCGUCUACAGCACUUUAAAAACAUCAAGCCCAAGGCGGAGGCCACGCCCCCGCACGCAUCAAUUCCUGUUCAGAAGAUUCAGGCAAAAUACAUCAAAGCGGAAUCCAACAAUCCUGACAGCGACUCAGGAGUCAACAGCCCCCCUCAGACCCCCCCGUCUGACCCACAGGAGCAGAUCCACGUGGACCUGCCUUUGCCCUCGCACAUCGAGACAUCCGAGUACUGGUGUGACCGUCUCUGAGGACUGUCUGCGUCUCACACCACGA